UGUACAGAUCUCGUGGACAACAGACAUGUUGGCUCUUGUUUGUCUUUCCUUUCUUGGUGUGUCACUUGGUGCCCCUACGUCCUGCAACUUGGCCUGUCACACAUCCUCGCCUGUGUGUGGAUCGGACGGCCAAACUUACAGCAGUUCCUGUCAGCUGGACAUCACCAACUGCAAGAAAGAGCAAUUAGGCCUCCCACACAUCCGCCUCUCUUAUGCCGGACCUUGUGGCAACAUCCUCGGCGGCUAUCAUGUCGCCACUUGUGACCAGAUCUGCGACGAGGAAAAAUCCCCUGUCUGCGCGUCUGACGGUGUUGUGUACGAAAAUAAAUGUCGCUUCACCCUGGCCCAGUGUGCUGCUUCCAAGAACGGCACCCGUCUCUCCAUUGUGUCGCACGCCACUUUCUGCCCCACGCCUUUGGAAGCUAACUGUGAGAAGUUUGCAGUAAACACAUCUGACAUCGCCAUGGGUGACCUCUCGGUGGUAGCAUCCAGACAUUCUGUCCCCUGAUGCAAAUGUCAAUUUGUACUAACCAUGGAACCUUCAGGGGUGAAUGCGAACUGUGCAGAUACAUCGACUCAUUCAUUGAGAAAGUCAAGAUCAACCCUUCACUUAAAGGUACGUUUGAUGCAACGCUUCCACUGGUAAGACUGAUAAGACAAGUGGAUAUCUGCUAUUUAAAGGCUAAUUCGACAGUUGGAAAACUGUAAGGUCAUACGGAUGUAUCAAUGUUCAUAAAACCAUAUCCCGUGUUCAACGUCAAUGUUUUCUAAGUACGACGAGCGAGCAAGUUUGUGUGUUUGAACAUCCGUUCGUUCCUAUCACGCCAUGUCGGCUUUAAGUGGGAGUAAAAACUACAAUCAAAUAGGCCUUAGACAUUUAUGUAACCCAAGCAUUGUACUCACAAACCAAGGUCAAGAUCACAUCUGAGCAUUCGAACAAAGGAGUCUGAAAAUAAUAAUUAACGCACAUCCAAUUGCGGUGUCUUUAACAACGGGGGCAUCCGUGUCACAUUCUUUCUAAAGGAUCAGUCAGAUGACACAUGUAAAUAUAGUAAUAUAGGAAUAUGUAAGGAUUACCGACAGUAAUAUAGUUGUAUGUGUUUCAGAUUCAGGGAAGUAUGAACAAUGAUUUGCAAAUUUGAAAGCACGACUGUGAACUGUUUGUUUUUUGGUAACUAUUCACACCAUACAUUUGUUUCAGUUCCAGAUUUCAAGAUCCUCUACAGUGGCACAUGCCACUAUAUCGGAUAACCACAGUACUACCCUGGAGACCCCGUCGUCGCUAACCCCUCCUAAACUGAUGAAACUGUCAGAUAGUAAAAACUGAAACAAUAAAUAUAUGAACGUUCGAUAAUGAGUCAAAGUAAGUUUCUGUUAGUAUCACGUUAGCUGCAUCCCGUGAGGUGUACAUAAACCUGAAAAACGAACGUCAUCCCACAACUCCUUCAUCAGAGUGAC